AUGGCGCCCGCUUGCAUCAUUGGACACAGCUUCGGAGAGUUGACAGCAAUUGCCGUAUCGGGUGUGCUCUCUCUUGAAGAGGCCCUCAAACUUGUUACUACCCGAGCCCAGCUCAUGGUGACUAAAUGGGGACCAGAGAGAGGUACUAUGCUAGCAAUAUUUGCGCCGUACUCUGUUGUCGAACGUGUCAUUGAUGCAAUCGGUGGUGAAUCCCUAGAGAUUGCUUGCUUCAAUGCCACUAACAGCCACGUCGUAGUUGGCACCAAGAUUGCGGUGACCAAUGCGGAAAGACUGCUGGUUACUGACCCCUCGUUCAAGGGUGUCAGCAGUCGGAGAGUCGAUGUAACUCAUGGCUUCCAUUCCGUCUUCACCGAGCCACUUCAGAAAGACUUCAUGGAGUUCUUGAAAUCAUUGGACUUCAGAGAAGCUUCUAUUCCCAUCGAGCCAUGCACAAAGGUGCACACUUCAUUGAUCAAUGCUGAGCAUGUUGCAUCACAUCUUCGCCAACCGGUCUACUUCAUCGACGCCAUUCAGCGGAUAGAAGAGCGCCUGGGAGGCUGCAUCUGGCUUGAAGCAGGAUUCGAUUCAUCCAUCAUCCCCAUGAUUAAGCGUGCGACAGCUGAACCGGAGAUUCAUUCAUUUCUCAACAUCAAGACGGCUGAUGUUAGUCAACCUACCAACGUUCUCUCUCAAAGUAUCAUCCACCUCUGGAAGGAAGGGAUCGAUAUCACCCCAUGGGCUUUCCUGUCUCCUUCCGAAGCUGGUUUAGAACCAGCAUGGCUACCCCCCUAUCAGUUUCAGAGAACCAAAGCUUGGCUCGAGAAUGUUGAUAGAGCUACUGAGCUUCAGCGGAGUUACGAAAGUCUUGGCUCGCAAAAGCUCGAGACCGCUUCUGUUCCGAUCCCUGUUCGCUUGCUGCAUCAUGCUGAGUCUACUAGCAGUGCGAACAAGUUUGUUGUCAAUAAUUCGGCCAGCCGCUUUCGUGAGGUCAUCAGUGGCCAUGCAGUCCGUGGUCGGCCGCUUUGUCCCGCAUCCAUGUACAUGGAGUGUGCGGCUAUGUCAGCUCAGAUUCUGGGUGCAGACCUCGGAUCUAAAUCGCUAGCAUUUGAGGACCUAUCAUUCGAAUCACCGCUAGGCGUCGACCUGGAUCGCAACGUCAAUCUGACUCUCGAAAAUAUUGACAAAAACGGAUGGAAGUUUGUUCUUUCGAGCUCUUCCGGGCAAGCAACCAGUUCCCACCGCGCAACUGUUCAUGGCAGGGGUCGGAUGGCUCUAGUAGAGAAUCCUCGAUUUUCUACAUACAAGCGGCUCAUAGCUGACCGCCUUGACUCAAUUCGAUCGAGUCCGAGCUCGGAGAAACUCAACGGCGGACGAGCCUAUAAGCUGUUCUCGAAAGUUGUGGACUACGCCGACUUCUUCCACGGGAUUCAAAGUAUCGUCAUUGACAACAACGAGGCACUAGCCGACAUCCGUAUGCCAGACAGUCAUCUUGGGGGCAAUGAAAGCGCAGUAACGAAGUAUUGCGACACUGUGUCCAUUGACGCGUUCAUUCAAGUCUCCGGCCUUCUCAUCAACAGCAGCAAAGUAUGCCCACAGGGUCAGGUUUUCGUAGCUUCCGGCCUCGAAAGUGUCACGACGUCCAAACAUUGCGACUUCGACACUCACAAGGAAUGGGACGUCUAUGCCAUUUUCACUCUCAUCGAUGAUGUGCAUGCGACCGGCGACGUUUUCGUUUUGACCAAAGACGGCGAGGUAGCCAUGACAGCUAUCGGUGCCAAAUUCCAUCGUCUCGAAAUCUCCAAGCUUGAGCGAACGCUUGACGCAGCCAAUGGAUCAAGAUUAACCUCGAAAUCGUGUUCAUCUCUCUCUCUUCGCGAGAACUCUAGGCCCGCUAUGCUCGAGAGCCCUCCGCCAUUGACGCCCGAUGGCGCUUCCAACUCAUCAAGUGCUUCCUCGGUGGCUGGCGACGAAGCCAACGAAUCAGAUGAUCCGUUGAGGGCGAUGAUCUCCGCAUAUACUGGCGCACCAGCAGAUUUCAUUGCCUCAAACACUUGUAUCGGUGAUCUUGGUAUCGAUUCACUGGCGUCGGUCGAACUCUCGGACGAGAUUAACGACCGUUUCGGGAAGAUUGUGUCGCCUGGCGAGCUUCUAACGGUGAGCUUUGGUGCAUUGAGCCAAACCAUAUUUUCUGGCGUCACCAAAGCCAACCGAAAGCAAGUCUCACCGGUAACCACGCCGACGGCUAGGUCUCCAUCCCCGGUCUCCAAGACAUCCAAAACCGGAUUAAUGCCUCAUUCAAGCCCAGAGGAAGGUGCCAAGGACUCUCUUGGUAGGACUCGACGCGCGAAACUGUUCGAGCUUAUUUCAGAUCUUUGUGGCGUUGCUGUCAGCCAUAUCGAAGAUCACCAACUUCUUCAGGACCUCGGCUUCGACUCUCUAUCCACCACAGAACUCGUUUCCUGCCUAUCUGAAGAGUUCAACGUCGAUAUCAAUGGUAUUGAUAGCCUCCUUGACGUUUCUGUCAAGGAUCUGAUGCACUUGGCCGGACUUUCUCCAAUGAAGCCAAGUACCACCUCACUUUCGAAGCCGUUAAACUCACCUGUGCUUGAUCCACCCAUACACCAUUCUAUCAGAACUGCCGAGAUUACGGAUCCGUUUCAAUCUCUCUUGGAGGCGGAGUCUUCCUUUGAAGAUUAUGCCCGGUCUUGCCAGUUUACAGAGUAUCUAGCAAAGGUCUCUGCUCGUCAGGAUGAGCUUCUUCUUGCUUACCUGAUUGAAGCUUUCCAGAAGCUAGGGAUUGAUUUCAAGGCCAUUGCGCCGGGCCAGAAGAUUCCCGAUUUCGGAUAUCAACCUAAACACAGUAAGGUAGUGCACAGGUACUACGAGAUUCUCGAAAGGCAUUCUGUCAUCGAGAAGAAAGACUCCGGAUAUAUCCGGUCAUUUUGUUCACCCACCCUUCCUCCCAGCUCGUUCCAGCUUCUACGCGACCUCAUCACAGACCACCCAAAUUAUCGCUGUGAGGCUGAACUCAUGGCUCUCACCGGACCGAAGAUUGCAGAAUGCUUGAUGGGUGUGGAGGACCCUGUUAAGCUGCUCUUUGGCACCAGCACGUCCCAGGAAAUCGUUGGAAGCUUCUACACGCAAGCCCCUAUGUUUGCCACUCUGACUGAGGUUCUUGUGGACUUCAUGGUUCGAUUAGUCAAGAAGGCAAACGGGCCAGUUCGUAUCCUCGAGGUCGGAGCCGGCAUGGGAGGGACUACCAAGCGGCUUGGUGAAGCACUAGGUGCUCUCGGCCAUUCCAUUGAAUAUGUAUUCACGGACAUAUCUUCAACCCUGGUCCGAAACGCUUCUAAGAAGUUCAAAUACUCGUGGAUGCAGUUCAGAACGCUUAACCUUGAAGUCGAACCGCCUACAGAUAUGGUUGGCAGGUUCGACGUCGUCAUUAGCACGAACUGUGUUCAUGCAACCGCCAACCGAACUGAAACCUGUCGUCGUAUCAAGCACAUGCUCAAUCCGCAUGGUGUCUUGGUGCUCUCAGAAAUCACUACUAUCUUCGACUGGCACGAGGCUGUUUUUGGUUUGCUGGACGGUUGGUGGUUGGCGGUCGAUGCCACACAUGCCAUUCAACCUGCAGCAGUCUGGAUGAACUUCAUGCAUCAAGCUGGGUUUGCAAGCGCCACCUACUCUCAAAGCACAAUGCCGGAUUGCAAUCUUCAGCGGCUACUUAUAGCCUCUGUGAAGCAGUAUCCGGAACCACAGCGUCACAGUGACUUGCCAACGUCCGGUGUUGACACAGUUGUUUACAAGGUCGUUGAUGGUAUUGAGAUAGAAGCCGAUGUCUACUUGCCGAACAGCCCUCCAAUUAGCUCGAUGCCUGUAGGUAAAUGGCCCUCCGCACGCGUUGCUGUUCUGCACUAA